UCAUAUUUUCAGCACCGAUCCAUCUUCUGUCUCCAAAAUCAAACCCCUCAAACCCUAGAAAAAAUAAAUCAGAAUUCAAUUUACACUCUCUGGUCUCUGUAAUCAAGGAUUUCAUUAUGGUGAGGUUUAACAUUCUACCAAAGGAUAUCAUGAUAGAAAUUCUAAUUCGUCUACCAACUCAAUCUGUUUUGAAGUGUAAAUUGGUAUCCAAACAAUGGAGAGAUCUUAUUCAUCAUCCAUCCUUCUCUCAAUUGCACUUGAAUUAUCUCAAUCAUUCUGAUGCUCAUGCUGAUGCUGGUAAGUUAAAUUACAUAUUUUCUACAAUGGGUAUUGAAAAACAGUUCUAUUAUACUGAGUAUGAUGAUGAGAAUUUUCAUGAGACAACACCCUUUAGUAGACAAACAAGGAUUAAGUUGGACCCUCCAUUUAUUGAUAACUAUAUUCUUAGUUCAUGUGAUGGUUUGAUUUGUUUCAAUGCGCGCUGUAAUAAGGAGGAAUUUUAUUAUGAACCUGCCUAUAUCUGCAAUCCCAUUACCAGAGAGUACAUUAUCCUUCCUAAAUUGGAAGAGGAACACAUGAUAGACUUGCUAUUCGGAUUUGGUUACAAUUCGUCGACGAAUGAGUACAAGGUUGUUAGAAUUUAUAACUCCAAGAGAGAGCCAAAUGUUGGAAUUAUUCAGGUAUAUACUCUUGGCAGCGGCAAUGGGUGGAGAAAUGUGGGAAAGAUGAACAUGGACAUAAAACAUCUUGGACAAUGUGCUGGUGCGUUUGCGAAUGAAGCUCUUCAUUGGGUAGACCAGGAAAGAAACAUUAUUCUUGCUUUCCAUCUGACUGAUGAAAAGUUUAGUGAACUUCCACCGCCACCACCUUGUUUGACACGAGCUGGGGUUCCAUAUCUUGUUUUGGGACUAGGGGUUUUGGGUGAUUUUCUGAGUGCUACUUUUUAUUUCAAUGCUGGUGAUUGUAACAUGUGGUUAUUGAAGAAGAAUAAGGAUACUGAUACUGACUUAAGCUGGAGUAAAGAGUUUAGUUUCGACAGUUACAUACACCUGCCUUUUGAUUUUAUGAAGAGUGGUAGGCUUCUGUGCUGCGGGCGUGGCAAAAUUGUUAGUUACGAUCCAAAAGCUUCAUCUGCCGAAAUGGAUGUGAGUUUUGGCAAGUCUAUUUCUGCAGCAAUUCCUCACAAGAAUACUUUGGUUUCGUUGAAGGUAUUAGGAGAAAAGGAUACAAAAACAAUGGAAUCUGGUGAAAGUACAAGCUCUAGUGAGGAGACAGAAAGCAGUGAUAAACUGAAGAAGCCGUAAAACGAAGUCAGAGAUCUCUAGGCACUCUCUCCAGUUUGAUUGUGGAUUGCAGAACAUGGAGGUGACUUCUAACCUAGAUGAUGCUGAAGCUAAUCUUGUACCAAGACUUGCAGAAAAUGUCGCACUUCCAAUUUGCUUCAGGAUAUUGCGUAUUGCUGGGAUAUGCUCAGUACCAGGGGGACGAAAGAUGCUGUUUCCUCAACAAACUUGUUUAUUACUUAUGUCCCAGCUACCAGUGAGGCACUUCAGGAUUUGUUAUCUGCUACACACUCUCGACUAGCAUAUGUUGUGGCCAAGCUAACUGCUCCAACAUGGAGUACAGUGGUGGUACGAUGCCGCACGAAUUGCAGCAGAACGAUUUGGCAUUCUGUUUGUUUGCUUAAGAACAUUUGUUUGUGGAAAGAUAUCCUUGCUUUUCCAGUGAUAGAGCAGCUGGCACUUGACCUGCUCCUAAGUGGGGAAGUUCUGCCAUGCGCGCAGAAUCACACCAAAUAUUAUGAUGCAAUUACGAGAAUUGAGAGAAAAGUUGCAUCCUUAAACAGUGUGUGGUCUGGUUCCAGUACCCCAUUGAAGCGCAGCAUGCGGCUCCUUAUAUAGAGGAUCUUGAAAAGCAAAUGAAGAAACUUCAUGAGGAACAUGCAGUAGCUGUUUUAGAAAGAAGAACAGAUGACACUGCUGAUGAAAUGAUGGAAAUAGAAGCACCUCUGACUCUGAGUGUGGCAAUGUUGGAAUUUAGUAAAGGUGGUACAACUGCAGCACAGUGAUCAAUGCAGCACAGCAGGCAUCACCUGAAACAAGGGAGCAAACUAAUUGGCCGGUUAAGUUAGACAAACUUAGUCGGGACAUGAACCUACAAAAGCAGGAGGAAGUAAAAUGUAGGGAUGAAAUCCAAAAAACGUGGGAAGGCCCAUUCGUAGCCAAAGAGAAUGUCUGUUGUUGGUGAUAGUUUUUCCUGCCAUCAUAUUGAAGGAGAGUCCAGUGCUGAUGAAGUGACUCAGAAAGUAUGCCGUACAUGUCUAACCGUGAAACGCUGCUUCAGACUUCAGAGCAAGUAUUUAUUGACGCAGGUCCAAUUUUUUUCUCUUGUUAAAGAGAAGUUUGAAACAUGGAAGAAGCAUUUCUUCUCAAGUUACCGCGUUGCUUAUAUGUCAGUAACUGCGCCUGCUAUCUUCUCUCCAUAUGUUAGACCAGAGCUUCUUAAGUGGGACCCGCUCUAUGAAGAAUCUGACGUUUAGGAUACGCAAUGGCACUUUCUCCUGUUUGAUAUGGGUUGCCAGAACUUGGAAGUGAAUUUAAACCCGGAUGAUGCUGAUGCUAAUCUUGUAGCAAGACUUGCGGAAAAUGUUGCAGUUCCGAUAUUGCGCAUUGCUGGGAUAGGAUCAGUAGCUGGGGGAUGAAAAAUGAUGUUUUCCCUGUUUGUUUAUUACCUAUGUCCCAGCUACCAGUGAGGCACUUCUUGGAUCUGUUUUCUGCAAACCUCACGCUACAAGUUGCAGCUGUUGAGAUUUUGUGUUAACACUUGAGAAGACACUUGAACAGAAGCACGAAUCAUGUUUGAUUCAUCAUGCUCUACUGGGAUCUGGGGGUACUCGAUCCUGUUUAAAAGCUUGUUUCUGAUGGUUGUGAUACUACAGUGAAGGCUUGGAAACUUUACAAUAGAACAUGGAUGGUGGAAGGUGGACUGCUUCCCGGCUCUUCAUAUGCAUUAGGAUUGGGUGAGGGAUGUGUCAUUCGCACCGAACCUAGGACUUCUAAAAUCAACUAUUUAUGCAAGUGCUUCACAGGAUUCGGUCAGGCUGGGACCGAUAGAGAGCUAGUACAUGCCUCGAGUUGAAAACUUGGGUUGGCAGUAACGCCAUAACUUAAGUUCUUACAAGAUGACGAUCUUUUAAUUUAAAACAGGAAGGGAAAAGUUUUGAGGCAUCAGAAAAGGGAAAUCUAAGUAGAAAUACUUCUGAUAAAAGCAAGAUUAAUUGCUGCAGAAUUACAGGGCACGUGUCAUCUGCCCAGGCCUAGUCUAUUGGCACCCACCACAAAAUUUCCAAGCAAAACACUAGAAAAUUGCAUACAAGAGGAAAGUAAAAUUUCAGCCGAGAUGAGAGGAAUUCAUUUGAUGAUCCAAAUAUGUUGAACAAAUUAUGCUGGGAGUAGAUUUGAUGAUUGUAGAAACACAACAUUUGAACAAGUGCAGAAUGAUGUUAGUGGUAACGAGUUCAAUGCAACUAGCUUUAUAUGUGAUGGGUCAAUGUGAAGGUAGUUUGAGUUCAGGGAAUUGUGUUUCUUUUAUUGAAUCAAUUGUUCAGAAGGCUCAUUUCCAGUGUGGGGGGUUUCAAUUUCUGGUCAGAUGAACCUUCAGGGAUGUUAUACUAUUAGCUAUAGUUAUUACCCAAAUGGAGUCACUACUAAAUCUUCUCAUUCUUCAGGUGGAUUGAAGAAUGUUGGGGCACAGAAUCUGUGGCGAGGCCUACUUUUUUCUGAGAUUAUCUCACG